AUGGCCGGCGAAAAGAUCCCGACCAACCAGCCGGAGAAGCUCAAUGAUCUCCUCAAGCAGGAGAGGCGCGACUAUGACUGCACGCCAUGCGCGACGUUUCUCGGCCUCGCUGGCUACAGCUACAUAUCGGGCAUGAACCAGCUCGACAAGCAGCGCGCUGCCAUCCUCAAGAGCAACUCCUGGUUGAGCAUGCGCAGCCGGAAGAUGGGAAUCGGAGGUCUGUCGCUGGGGCUGGCGUAUAUGGGGCUGUAUAGGUUGUUUGGAUGA